CCAUCUUCCCUUUAUCAUUCACAAGUGAAUGACUUUGGGGGGGGGGGAAUAGUGUAAGGGCAGUUAUACGAGGCGAAGGCAAAGAUCGGAGCUCAGAGCUCACUGCACCUUGGCUGCAGAGCUCAGAGCUUACCGCACCUCGGUUUAUAGCACGGAGCCUACUGCACCUCGGCAAUUCGCCCAAGAUGGUAUACUUGGACGGGGAUAUUCAGGUGUUUGAGAACAUUGAUCAUCUGUUUGACAUACCGGACGGCAAGUUCUACGCCGUGACAGACUGUUUCUAUGAGAAGACAUGGAGCGACACUCCUCAGUACAGGAUCGGAUACUGCCAGCAGUGUCCGGACAAGGUCCAGUGGCCGGCGAAGUUGGGUCCCAAGCCUCCUCUCUACUUCAACGCCGGUAUGUUCGUUUUUGAACCUAGCCUCUCCGUCUAUGACGAACUCUUGAGGAAGCUCGAGAUCAGCCCUCUCACCCCUUUCGCCGAGCAGGACUUCUUGAAUAUGUUCUUCAGGGAAAUUUACGAGCCAAUUCCACCGAUUUACAACCUGGUUUUGGCGAUGCUAUGGUGGCAUCCGGAGAACAUUGAGAUGGAGAAAGUGAAGGUGGUGCACUACUCCGCCGCCGGGUCUAAGCCGUGGAGGUUCACUGGAAUAGAACAGAACAUGGACAGGGAAGAUAUCAAGAUGUUGGUGAACAAAUGGUGGGAUAUUUACAUUGAUGAGUCACUGGACUAUAAUAAUUAUGUGGCUUCCGGUGAGGAUGAGGUGGUGAGCCGGCAACCGUUCCUGGCGGUGCUGUCGGAGGCCGGCAUUGUAAUUAAACCCCAGCGGACUGUCAUAGAAGAGUCAGAAAGUAGUGCAAGAAAUGAUCACCUAGAGAAAAGAAUGACUCAGCUGCCGAAGAGGGUGCAUCUUACCUUGACUCAAAAUAACUUGGAGGAAUUGAAAGAUAUAUCUCACGGAUGGUCUACCGAGCGUCGCCGUGAAUUCGAUCGAAAGUUUGGGCACAUAGGACUCCUUCUAUUUACUACAAUAGAUGAAGCAAUGCUUAAGGCAGCAAUCCACUUUUGGGAUCCCAGGUACCGUGCCUUUGUAUUUGGUGAAGUUGAUAUGACUCCGACUCUAUGGGUUAAGGUACGUUUUCCGGCAGCCAAGGACAGUGGUAGUGGGCUCAAGCGGCAGAUUCCAGGGUAUGGCAGGCAGUUUAUAGCGCAGGUAACUACGUAUUUCUUUUAUGAUUUUCCAGCAGAUCGCUCAGUGAAGGAUAUGUGGUUUUGCUUUUGGUCAUUUGGGAAGGUGGCAGAUGUGUACAUCCCUGCAAGGCGUGAUCGGAGAGGGCGCCGUUAUGGUUUCGUUCGUAUGUCAGAGGUCUCUGAUGCUAAGGAUAUGGAACAGAAAUUAAAUCAGAUUUGGCUUGGAUCCUAUCGUCUCAAGGUGAAAUUGGCAGGAACCAUGAAAAGAGAGAGGGUGGAGUCAGCGAGGAAUUCGAAUAGGCAGGUUGAGAAAAAAUGGAUUAGAAGGGAGAGUAAGGUGACUCCAGGGAGGACUUACGCUCAGGUGGUUGCUGGCAGUAUGGUUGCACCUGAGGAAGGGAUGUCUUCGAAUAAGGAUGUCAGGCAAGAUGAGUUAACAAAAGGGAAGGAACCGGUAGAGGAUGUGGUUCUGGAGCAAAUACCAGAAAGGAGCACUGCACCAGUGAUAAGUGCAGGUAGGGUGGAGGAAAGGUAUUCUCCAAAAACUGAUUUAGUAUUAGAAUUUACUCCUAAAGAUGAGGAAGUGGCAUGGUUGAAACGAAGUAUGGUAGCGAUAGUUCGAUCGUUAGAUAUAGUGAAGAAAAUUCAGAACAGGUUGGAUGUCGAUGGAUUAAUGGUGAAUGUGGCUUUGCUUGGUGGUCACCAUGUCAUUUUGGUUGAUUAUUCCGAAGGAGGCCUUGAGGAGUUUAUCAGUCAUAACAGUGAACUGGUGGAGUCGUGGUUCGAUUGGAUACAGCCAAUGUCUUUAUCUACGAUGUCUUCGGCGAGUAGAUUGGUAUGGCUCCGGUGCACUGGUGUUCCCUUAAAGGCAUGGAGCGAGAGAUGCUUCACAGAAUUAGGUGGAUUAAUUGGAGAGGUGAUUUUAGUUGAUGAGGAUACGAGGAGUAAGUCUUUUUUGUGUGAAGGAAGGGUGUUGAUCUUAAGUGAGGAAAAGAGUAAAAUAUCAACCUCAAUUUCUCUGAUAGUUGACGGCAAGGCAUUUCCGAUUACAGUGCAGGAGGAGGAGUGGAGGAUGGACCCAGAUUGGUGGUUGGCCGGGGAAAGACGGAAUCCGGUGGUAGAAUCUGACUCCGAAAAUUCCGAGGAUGGAUUCAGUGAAUCAACUUUUAAUGAAAACGGAUUUCUGGGCGAUGACGGGGCAGUGUUGGCCGAAGAUGGUGCUGCAACGGAAAGGGAUUCAAAUUUCCUGUUACAAAAAGAAGUAUCUUUAAUUGAGGAAGAUUCGGGUGUAAAUAAGGAAUUUAAUGGGCUAGAGACAUUUGGGCCGAGUGGAGGAAUUUUUAAUGGGCCACAUAUAUGUGGAGAAGUGGAGCAUCAAGUUGACGAUCGAAGUGUUGAAGAUGGGUCCGAAAAUGGGCUUGAGGGUCCUUAUGUGCAGGUAACCCGACCGGACAGGACACAGAAAAAACGCAGAAGUUUGGGAACGAUUUAUGCCGGGGUUAUUGGGACGAAGGAAGCAAGGAAGGUAGGCACCAACUGGGUCACGGCCAGGACAAAGGCGCGAAGAAAUAGAAGGGACCCAGGCGUGCGAGGGGAGGAAUUGCAGACGGGAAGUUGUUCUUUGUCAGAUGGGUGCAUCCGACACCGGAAUGAGGUGAUUCGAAAGCAGCUACAGAUGGGGGAAGUGAGAGAGCUGUUUGUGAUGGGGCAAAAUUUGGGGAUUCAAUGCCAACAAAAUGAAGAAGAGGUGAUCUCUAGGGGUUUGGGUAGUGUGAUUAAGAGAAAGGAGAUUUUUAAAUUGGUGAGUAAGGAGAAACCAGACUUUCUAUUUAUUCAGGAAACAAAAUUAGAGGGAGUGGAGGUUGCUCUGUGUAGAAAGUUGUGGUAUUCUGAGGAUUUUGACUGGGUUAUGCAAAAAUCAGUGGGCAAUUCGGGAGGGGAGUGGGGAAAGCAGCGAUUGAAGUGUAACCUUGUUAAUGUGUAUGCUCCAUGUGAUAAGCAGAGGAAGGCUAUGUUGUGGGAGGAGAUGGGUAGUUUAGUACUGGAAGAGGGUGGUAGAUGGCUAUUAACAGGGGAUUUUAAUGCAAUAAGGAAUGUGGCAGAGAGGAAGGGGAGACUAGGUGAGACACAGGACAUGGGAGAUUUUAAUCAAUUUGUUGAGGAGUGUGGGUUAAUUGAUGUUAGACUGAGGAAUAGGAAAUUCACCUGGUACAGACCCGAUGGUUCUUCAAUGAGUAGGUUGGAUAGGGUUUUGUUAUCCACAGAAAUGAGUUUAUUGGAUAGAGAGUGGGUUCAAGUUGGUGUGAGAAGAUCAAUUUCAGAUCAUUGUGCACUGAUUUUGACGUCAAGAAAUACAGAUUGGGGUCCCAAGCCUUUCCGAGUACUUGACACAUGGCAACAACACUCUGAUUUCAAAGGUUUUGUGGAGGAUAAAUGGAAGACUUUGCAGAUUGAAGGAUGGGCGGCUUUCAAAUGUAAACAGAAGCUGAAAUUAUUAAAAGAUGAGUGCAAGGGGUGGAAUAGAGGGGUGUUUGGUAAUGUGGAGAUUCAGCUGGAGACAUUGUUAAAGCAUAUUGAGAGGUUGGAUAAAAAGAGUGAGGCAGAGGAGUUGAGCGAAAAUGAGGAGCUAAUGAGAAAGAAAUGCUUUCAAGAGAUGUGGGACAUUUUGCGAAGGAAAGAAGCUGUGUGGAAGCAAAAAUCAAGGAACAAUUGGGUUCGUUUGGGUGAUGCAAAUACAGCUUUCUUCCACAGAAGUGUGCAGACAAGGAGGGCACAGAAUGCAAUAUCUGGUAUCUUAGGGGAUGAGGGAUGGAUUGAGGAACCCGAGUUAGUUAAGGCAGAGGCAGUUAAAUAUUUUAGUGAGUUAUUUCACAAGGAUCAGUGGAGCCGGCCGGUCAUGGGAGGGAUCCAAUUUCGUAAAAUCUCUGCAGCACAAAAGGAGUGGCUAGAACGACCUUUUCCCAUAGAGGAAAUUGAAGAGGGUCUUCGAAGCUUUGAUGGGUCAAAGGCACCUGGCCCAGAUGGUUACAAUUUCAAUUUUAUAAAGUUCGCUUGGAACACGUUGAAGGAUGAUUUUGUGAACUUUUUGAGGGAAUUCCAUCAAUAUGGGAGGUUAGUUAAAGGUCUAAACUCCUCUUUCUUGACAUUAAUUCCUAAAAAAUUGAAUCCAGUGCAAUUUAAGGAGUAUAGGCCCAUUUGUCUGAUAAGUUGUUUGUAUAAAUUAUUGGCGAAAGUUCUAGCAAAUAGGUUGAAGAAGGUAAUGGCAGAUAUUAUAAGUGAGUCACAAUCAGCUUUUGUUGGGGGUCGUCAGUUGGUGGACAGUGUGUUAGUUUUGAAUGAGGUAGUUGAUGAGGUGAGGAGAAAGAAACAGGAGAGCUUUAUUUUUAAGGCUGAUUUUGAAAAAGCAUAUGAUUGUGUGGAUUGGGACUUUCUUGAUUGGAUGAUGGACAGAAUGGGGUUUGGGGUUAAAUGGAGAAAGUGGAUUCGGGAAUGUCUCUCAACAGCCAGGAUUUCGAUUUUAGUAAACGGAAGUCCGACGUCAGAAUUUUCAGUUAGCAAAGGUCUUCGACAAGGUGAUCCUUUGUCUCCUUUUCUGUUUUUAUUAGUAGGUGAAGGGCUGUGUGGGCUGGUGAAAAAAGCAGAGAGUGAAGGGUUGUUGAAAGGUCUGGGAAUUGGGAGGGGUGGUAUGGAGUUGUCAUUAUUACAGUUUGCAGAUGAUACUGUUUUUAUGGGAAAGGCAUGUGCAGGGAAUUUAAAGGUUGUGAAAGCCAUUUUGCACUGGUUUGAACUGAUUUCAGGAUUAAAGAUUAAUUUUAGCAAAAGCCAUUUGUAUGGGUUUAACACUUCAGAAGGGUGGUUAAAAGGAGCAGCUGAAAUUUUCAUUGUGGGAGGGGGAUUGGGAGUAGCUGAUUUAGAGAGGAGAAAUUUUGCUUUGCUGGGUAAAUGGUGGUUUAGACUAGGUGAUGGGGUGGAUGGUUUAUGGAAGAGAGUGAUUUGGGAGAAAUAUUAUGAGGGGAGGAGAGAGGUGGAUAUCACUUCUUUUGAAUCUUUGACGAUGUCUCGUGUGUGGAAGGAUAUUGUGAGUGUGGGUAGGGGGUCUGAAAGGCUAGUAGAGAUGUUAGUAAAGGGCUUUAGAUGGAAAGUUGGUGAGGGAAGAUGUGUAGAUUUUUGGAGGGAUAAAUGGGUGGGAGAUAAGUGCCUGAAAGAUUUAUUUCCGAGGUUGUUUGCGUUAACGACUAUUAGGGAGGGAAGGUUGACGGAUAUGGGCUUUUGGAGGGGUGAUACUUGGGUAUGGGAUUGUAGAUGGCGACGUGGAUGUGUAGGGAGGGCUGUUGGUGAGGAGGGACAGUUUAGGGAAAUGAUUAAUGGGGUAAGGUUGAGGAUGAAGGAAGCAGAUUCUUGGCAAUGGCUUCAUGGUAGAGAUGGUAUUUAUUCUGUAAAGGCAGCUUAUGAUUUUUUAUCACCGAAAGUGUGUGUUCUGGAUGAGAAGUGGUCUCGGAUUAUUUGGAGUAAAUAUGUUCCUUCUAAGUUGAGUGUUUUUGGGUGGAGACUAUUUUUGGAUAGGUUGGCCACUAAAGAGAAUUUGUGUAAGAGAGGAAUUCUGUUGACAGGUGGGGAUGUUAGUUGUGGAUUUUGUCAUGAGGGGGUGGAGGGGCUACAUCAUAUUUUUUGUGAAUGUGAAGGGGUGUGGUUAGUAUGGAAGAAGGUUUUGGGAUGGUGGGGUUUACAAAGUGUUUUGCCAAAUGAUAUAUUUGGUUUGGCGGAGUCGGUGGUGUAUGGAAUAAGUGGAGGAUGCUUGAAGGAGCUGGGAGACCUUAUUUUUUUGGUAACUGCUUGGUUAGUGUGGUACUGGAGGAAUAUGAAAGUGUUUGGCCCAGUUUUACAGGCUGAAGUGAGGUUAUUGGAAUCUAUUCAAGCAAAAUCUUUUCUAUGGAUUAAAAAUAAAGAGCCAGGAUGUGUGUUUUCUUAUACCGAUUGGAUAUCAAGACCUAUUGAUUGUAAAGAAGCCAUAGUUCAACAUCGUCAUAAUCUGAAGAAAUACAAGAAGAUGCAGUGCGUUGUGAUCUAAGCUACUUGGGGUUUUUUGAUAAUUGUGGCACCGUUUCUAUAUGUAUUUAGCUUUUGGACAAUUGUUUUCUUUGGCACUUUUGAUUUUUUCUUCUCUGUUGCAGUAGUGGUUUAAUGUUUGUAUUUGGAGUUGGAGUAUUCCUUAUACUCCGAGAGUAAUAUAAUGACUAUUUGUUU